GCACAGGCAACACAGCACAAGCAUCCAAAAAUGUCGAGAUUCCGCCCAGCUUCACAACACCACGCAAAUACCAUUGGUAUAGGUAGCGAUUGAGGAUCUAUCACUGAUAUCCUCACUUUUCCGAGUCCAAUGCCGGCGGUUGUGAAUAUGGAACUGAGGAGGCAGGUUAUUGCCAUCUACAAACAGCUCCUCUUUCUCGGCAGAGACUACCCCCUGGGAUACGACUACUUCCGGACACGGCUUCAUCGCGCCUUCAAGGCAAACGCUCAUCUCGAGGAUGAAGAACAAAUAAGGAAAGGGAUCGCGCGUGCCGACUUUGUCAGGAAAGAGAUCGAGGCUUUGUACUACCUCAAACGUUACCGGACGCUGAGAAAGAGAUAUGAGGGGACAUAACAUAUAAAUAACCAAGUAUGAUACACGACCGAAAACGUGCACCAGUGUCGGGUAUAGGUUGUGUCACAUAUCCAAAAACAGCAGAGCCCAAAGCUGCCGUAACCUCGGGCCCGGAGCGGGCAUAGGUAGAGAGAGGGCCUAGAGACAAACUGCCACCCACCCCACGGAAAAAGACAAAAACAAAAAGAAAAGAAAUUGAAAGAAAAGCAACUAUACCACCAUCGGCACCCCAGCCGGUCACCUAGGCCGGGCUCACCCUCACCGCUUUCUCGCCCACCAGGCCCCCACCUCCAGACACUCCCCCCAGCUAGUCCCAUUCUCUCUCACCAGAUCAUU